CACAACUCCCGAGCUUGUUGCCCCCACUCGCACCCCUCUUCCUCUUUUUGACUUCUCUCGCUCACCUCAAUCCAUCGAACUCUCCUGCUUCUUCGCGCACACUCCCACUUCUUGAUUUCCACAAUCUUCGUCUCAUAAUGGCUGAAUCAUCCCAAUUCCGACGAACCCAUCUCUUGAUCAUCGCAAUUUUUCCUUGAUUUUCACCAUUAUUCACAAAUCCCUAACCUAUAGCUCGCCUUUGGAUGAUCACCCGCAUUUGGUCUGUUGAUUCGAUGGAUGUAAUUUCAUUUUGAUUGAGGGCUUUAAUUGAUCGUUUCUAUCAGUUAGGUUUUGGGUUCCUGUUUCGCUGUCAAUUCUCUCGCCAGAUCAUUUAGUUUGCAUAUUCCUUUCUUGAUUGUUGAUUGCCAUGAAGAUCGAGGAACUGGAUGAUUCCACAAAGAGUAUUGUCGAGAGCAAGACCAGUAGUGAUAAAGAAAGAAGGCUGAUCGAAGUUCGGGUUGAUGCGAAAAGGGCUUUAGUCGGAGCUGGGGCUCGGAUCCUAUUCUACCCGACCCUUUUGUACAACGUUUUCCGGAACAAGAUUCAAGCUGAGUUUCGCUGGUGGGAUCAGAUUGAUCAGUUUCUUCUGUUGGGGGCUGUUCCAUUCCCAAAGGAUGUACCUCGUUUGAAGCAGCUUGGAGUUGGUGGUGUUAUUACUCUGAAUGAGCCAUAUGAAACUCUGGUGCCAACGUCUUUAUACUAUGCUCAUGGGAUAGACCAUCUUGAAAUCCCUACCAGGGAUUAUCUCUUUGCUCCUUCUUUUGUGGACAUCAACAGAGCUGUGAAUUUCAUUCACAGAAAUGCUUCUAUUGGUCAAACAACAUAUGUCCACUGCAAAGCGGGGAGAGGAAGGAGCACAACCAUUGUUCUCUGUUAUCUGGUUGAAUACAAGCAUAUGAGUCCAGCUGCUGCACUUGAAUAUGUCCGGUCUAGACGACCCAGGGUGCUAUUGGCUCCGUCACAAUGGAAGGCAGUUCAAGAAUAUCAGCAGCAGCAUAUGGCUUCUAAAGCAAUUUCUGUGUCCGGAGAUGCUGUAUUAAUUACAAAAGCAGAUCUUGAAGGAUAUGAUAGCCCUUGUACUGACGACUCUUGUAAGGAGCUGACGGUUGUGCCCAGAAUGAUGAGGAGAAGGCCAAUGAUGGCUCGGUUAUCCUGCCUCUUUUCAUCUCUAAAAGUUUCAGGUAAUUAUGGACCAGUUAUGAGACAGCUGACAGAAGCGCGUGCUUGCUGAGACCCUUCUCUGAGCUGCUACCAUGUACAUGGUGUAUGAUGCACACAAGCUUAUUAUAACUGUUAUAAAGUUUAGUAGUCGUGUGACUAUGAGGUAUAUGAAGAAUAAAGUCAAAAAGAAGACAUGACUUGAGGUAGAUCCAUUUUCAACAUUGUACAUAGUAUGGGUAAGAUAUGACUUGUAGUUCCUUUAGUAUAUAUUUGCAUCAGGUUUUCCUUUUA